AUGACGCAGAUGACGCUCUCCUGCACGCAUGGCGGCCGCUGCAUCCUUAACAACGGCAACCGCAUCCUGUGGCACCACACAUCGCAGCGGGUGCGCACAGUCUCCGUCUCCCUCCUGUCCCUCUCCCUGAGAACUCAUCGGCGGCCGUGGCACACUCACCGGCAUGUCAGAAAGCAAUUGUGUUUCUUCCUCCCUCGCACAUCGCACAGCAGCACCGCCAAACGCAUGUCGCUCCUCCUUUCACAGAUUCUCCUCAGACACGCCUCCCGCCACAUUCAUCAGCUCACAGGCACGCAGUCCGUAAACGUCACGCUGCUGCCCCGCAUGACGGUGCCGCACACACACCAACACGGCGCCCCGCCACUCGGCGCAAGCAGCGUCUGGACACACAAAACAGGUUGCCCCAGCGAACAACAGCCCCCUCCAAGCAGUGAGACAGGACUCGUCAGUAACAAUCAAACAAUCAGCCCCUCGUCUCUUCAUUCCGCCAUGCACGAGGUUCUGCUUGCCCCGUGCAUCAUACGUGACGCCCGGACCCUCAAUCAGCAGACAAGGCAGUAUGCGUCCCUCCGCUCAUUGAGAAACCCUCUGAACAUUCUCAGCCAGUCGUCGCCAUGGGCCAUGCAUGAGGAGCACCACGGCAAGAAUGCACAGGAGCUUAUAUGCAAAACCCUCAACUCAUUCCGCGUCAAUGAAGAGUGUGGCACCAGACAUGCGUUUCACAACAAUGUCGACUUGUUCUUCUCUGAGAGGCCUCCCAUACACAUCGCACGUGAUCACAAUAAAGAAAAAGUAACGCCUCCAGUCUGA